UAGGGGCAGGCGGCUGUGCUCAAAUAUUUGCCGAACGAGGAGGAAGAAACGAGGAGGAAGAAGGAGCGUUGCAUUGCGUCAUCACGUCCAACGUGUAGCACAGAAGAAACAUGGCUUUGAAUGGAGAUGAAGAGGAUUUUAAGUGGGAGCCUCCAACAGAAGCAGAAAUGAAGGUGAUCCAGGCUCGUAGGGAGCGGCAAGACAAAAUCAGCAAGCUGAUGGGAGACUACCUGCUGAAAGGGUACAAGAUGCUUGGAGAAGCCUGCGAAGUGUGUGGGACUAUUCUUCUCCAGGACAAACAGCAGAAAAACUACUGCGUCUCAUGCCAGGAGCUGGACUCUGAUAUUGACAAAGACAACCCUGCCCUGAAUGCUCAGGCUGCAUUGUCCCAGGUGAGGGAAAGGCAGCUCGCAGCCCAGUCCCCCACACCGUCCCAGACUCCUGAGCUCAAUGACAGCCCCAGCAGCAGUCAGGGAAAUAUGUCCAUUCCCCAGCCUAGACCAGAGCACUGUGAGGGGGCUGCCGCAGGUGGAAGAACUCCUCUGCCUCCACCCGCUGUCCCUCCUCCUUCAACUCCAGCCUCCACUGCAGCCCUGGCACCAGCUCGUCCCUCAGUUACUCCACAGAGCUCUGCCCAGCGACUUGUGUUGCAGGAAGCCGAGGAAGCUGUCCUCACCAAACUUCGCUGGGCCACUAACCAGUUACAAAGCUCAGCCUCACUGGAAGCAAGCAUCCAGCUCUGCAGCCUCAUCAACAGCUGUGCCAACUCGCUGCGCAGCCUCAAGGAGCUCACCCAGUAGCUGCCACAGACUGGCUGAAACCCUGGAACACUGUUUCUGCUUGCCUCUGUCUUGGAGUAAUGACUCUGGUUCAGCUUCUCUCUUGCUUAGAGAUGAUUUCAAAAUUGGUCAGAAAGUAUUAUGAAAAUAGGAAUAUAACAUCAAAAGUGCACCGGUUACUCUUGGAUUAAUGUAGUUGUAUAGCUGGCAGAAAUGUUACAAAUUUGACUGUUUUUUUUCACUCUUUUGGAAGUUAGAGCUGAUAUUAAUCUAAAAACAUAAUUAAUUUAACCCAUUCUGUGAUUAAAUUCUUCUAAUAUGGUUUAAUCUAUAGAGCAAAGAGAUAAAUGCCAGUUAACACACGUUUCUAUGCAUUUCCAUUGAGAAAACGCCAGCUUUUUUGAUACAGCACCACAAAUGCUGGACCCUGAGUUGAAACCACUGAUGUCAGUGUCUGAUAGAGGGGCUAUCACCAGAUAUUCACCAAUGAUUUGCUGAAGCAGCCAACAGAGUCUGUCCUGCGUUGUUAUCUCCCCUUAGAAAUGACCCUUUCUUCCUCUCUUUACCACUCGAUUGUCAAACCUGUGGAAAUUUGGGAUGGUCCUCCUUGGGCAGAACUGGCUUCACACUAGUCACAUGUCGGUGGAAAAGAGUUAUAAGGGAUCUUUUACUACAUUCAGAUUUAUAGUCAGUAUUUUUGCCAAAACGCAUCAUUCCUCUAAUGUGGCCCUGUAUUGUCUCACAAAGCCUGCUGCUCAUUCUGGCUCUGUUUCUGUUGUCUCUGCCAUUGUGGCAGUGCAAAGAUGGUCAUUGUAGAAAGUUUUUGUUGUGUAUGUGUUUGAUGCCUAAUGGUGACGGUCAGGUGGCUCGCCGAUGUCUCUAUGAGAGCGCGCAGAGUUCUGGAGUCAGACAUAAUACUUUGAAAAAAGCUGAGAGCAAAUAUACUCUGAAUUGUAUGUUGAUAGAGGAAAAGCCAGCUUCAGUGUUGAUCAAGGUAGUAAAAGAUUUCUAAUAAUGUAUCACAAUAAAGCACUUCUUGUUCAGGA